AUGAACCGGGCUGCAGCCGUCGUUGUAGCUUCUCAGAAAGCAUCUAAAAAGAAAGCGAAGAAGGAUGCAAAGACACUCAGAAUCGAUGUUGGAUCUUUGCCAACCUUGACAAAUGACCUUGAUCUACAUGACUAUUUCUCUCAAUUUGGCGUUGUCAAGGAAGCUCGUGUGCUUAAAGCGGCCGACGCCAAACAUCGCGGUUUCGUCGUCUUCCAGGACGUGGGGUCCAUAGGGAACGUGUUUGAGACCGAACCGCACCUGUUUGGUGGAGCACCAAUCACCCUUUCGUGGUCAGGGUACGUAUUGUAA